GCAUACGAUAAAGCAUUUUUAGUCAUAUCAUUAUCUAUAUCAAACUUAAGUAUAGAUCAUAUGGCAAAUAUGCAGGUUUGUUAUCAACAAUUUAAAACAGUAAUACUCCGAUAGCUGCGUGAUAAACAGAGAUGGGUCUCCUAAACCUCUUUCUGCUAUCCUUUCUAACCUUCGGUGGGUUUGUUUUUUACAUUGUUGGAACUUUUCUUCCGUACUGGAGACAAUUCAAGGAACCAUGUCUGAACCAAACCGAGCCCAUGUGUUCGAGUCAAAUAUCUGCGUCACUGAUAUACAUCAAGAAUUGCACCGUCAACAUGGGAUGCUGGUAUAAAACCUUCUACGACCCAGUUCAGCAAGAGCAGUAUUUCGGUAGUGCGAAAGACAGUCUAUUCCCAUUGAUGGCGGUGACACAGGGGAAAUGCCUUAUGUCGCUACUUCUAAGUCUCGUUGCCACUGUAAUGGCAGUCAAUGCAGUAUGUAAGCAGGACAGGACUCGUCUCAUCUGGGUCUUCCUUCUUUUGUCAUUUUCAGGGAUGCUGAUGUUGUCUAUUGUGGCAGAUUUUAUCCUGACGUACAUCAUGAACUAUAAUAAAAAUCAUUUAGGAAACUGUCCUUAUUCCUCCGGAUUGGUUCUCUUAGGUCUUUCUAUCCAUUUCUUUGUUGUCAUCGAUGGCUUCAGAAGUCUCUCUGAAAAUAUAGGAUACCACAGGAUGUCGGACUCGGAGAUAGCCACUAGGACAAUUCAGAAUGACGAGUAGUGACUAGGGCUCACACCAAAACAUCAAUAACAAGAGAGGAAAUGGGUAACCCCGUAUCCAUGAUAUUCGAUUUAGAAUUCACAUGAAAUUAGAUAGCGUGUAGCUUUACACCAAUAUUUUGAUUAGAUAUUCAUGUCAUUAAUUAGGUAAACUAUCUUGUUCAUUUGAGGUCAUGAGAAAUAUUUAACACUAAUGAUCCCAUGGAAAUUAGGAAGGGAGAAUGUUGAUUGUUUAAGAUAUUUUAGAAUAUUUUUUAACAUGUUUAUAUUUAGAAGUAUAUUUUCUGUUCUAAGAAAAUUAAUCUAGAAUACUGGUCUAUCACUGUCUUCUUCUUUUUUUUUUAUUAAAACCUUCGUGAGAAGUAACGCGUAGGAAUCUGUUGAAUCAAAUUUUCACAAUAACAAAAAUAUGAAUUUUAAUGGUUGCAAUUUAAUUGGAAUUAAAGUCAAAUAUACUCAUUCAAAUGUUCUUGUCCUUUGAAAAAUGAUAUUACUUAUAUUUCUAUUAUAUAUGGGGGUUUAUAUUUCAUUCCGAUAUAGAAGCCUGUCAGAUGAAGGGUGCGUAGGUGUUUUAAUGAAAGUACUCUUCGAUAAGUUAAACAUUUUGCAAGAAAAUAAAGCGUAAGAAUCUGAAAUUAAUUUUCAUAAUAAAGGAAAAAAAAUUAAUGCAAUCAAUUUUAUUCAUAUCUUAUUUAUAUUACACAACAAUUUCUCGCGAUAAAUUAAAGACUAUAGAAUUUUUUGGUCUUUUUAUGAAAUGAUAUGAAGUGGGUAUUACAAACAAUCUUUGGUCAAUUAAUGCAUCAAAACGGAUGACUUUUCAACACUUUACACGACCAUUCCUGACGAUAUAUUAAAGAAUAGACUUUUUGACAUCAUAGACAGUUGCUUCUUCAACAAAAAUGGAAAACGAAAAUAUCCAUAUCUAGUGAUCAGUCAUUCUAAAAAUUACACCAUUCUGAUUCCACGCAUAAGUAUUAGUAAUAUGCUGGAGUUCCUCAUUGACAAUAUCUUCGUAGUCUUUAGUGAUCAGGUCCUCUAACAGUCUGUUGGAAUUCCCAUGGGCACGGAUUGUGCUCCUUUGUUACAUGUAGCUGACCUGUUUUUUUAUUCUUAUGAAUCAGAAUGUAUUCAAAACUUGUACGUGAGAGGAAAAAAUCUCUUGUUAUGGCCUUCAAUUCCACAUUUAGAUAUAUCGACGACGUAUUAUCUAUUAACAAUGAUAAUUUUCAUUCAUAUGUCGAUUCGAUAUACCCCUGUCAACUCGAAAUAAAAGACACCAUAGAGUCAUCCACUUCUGCUUCAUACUUAGAUAUUUUAUUGAAAGUAGAUAUUAACGGCAAACUAACAACUCAACUUUAAGACAAACGGGAUGAUUUCAGCUUCUCCAUCGUCAACUUCCCAUAUUUAUGUAAUAAUGUUCCAUUAUCACCUGCAUAUGGAGUUUAUAUCUCUGAAUUAAUUCGAUAUACAAAAGCUUGUUCUGCAUAUGGUCAGUUUUUAAAUCGAGGCAGGCUACUGACAAACAAGUUGAUGGUGCAGGGGUUUCAAUAGUUUCGUUUAAAGUCAGCAUUUCGCUAAUUCUAUGGUCGCUAUAACGAUCUAGUUUACUAAUACAUCCUACCAUUGGGUCAAAUGCUGUCUGGCGUGUUUCAUACCGCUUGUUAGGCCGUUCCUGGCACACUGACUUUGACUGCGGAUAACUCCGUUUACCUGAUCAAGAUAGAGGACUCGCGGCGUGUGUGACUGGUUGACAGGGGGUGCUUACUCCUCCUAGGCACAUGAUCUCACCACUGGUAUAUCCAGGGGUCCGUGUUUGCACAACUCUCUAUUUUGUAUUGCUUAUAGGAGUUAUGAGAAUAAUCACUGUUCGUUAUCUGCACCUUUCGUACUAAAAUUCCGUGCUAAAGCUUACAAACUUAACAAGGAUUGUAUAUGGAAAUUAGGCGAUACCACGAUUCCUUGCUCUGACCAGGCCUGGCGUAAAGGUAAUGUUUAAUGGUAAUGCUAAUGUAAUGACAGCCAAUUUCAGUGUGUAUUACAUUACAUAACACUUAAUUAACAUAACAGCCAAUUUCAGUGUAAUGUGGGUAUAAGGUGUAAUGGGCUAUUUUUGCAUUACAAGUAAUGGUAAUGUAAUGCAUUACUUGUAGAAAAUAUAUUGUAAUGCAGAUUACAUUUCAUUACAUUUUUCUUUAUUUACUUCAAAUAUAUGAUGAAAUUUUGGAGGUUUGGAUUAAUUCAUUGUAUAUACGUACUUUUGAAGCAUUGAUGAUAAUCAAACGCAUUGAAUAACUUUGAUGUGUUUCCUAACAUUGAUGAAUAUUUUGUGUACUUAUGUUACUGUAUAUUUAAAAUUUAUAAAUCAUUAUAAAGAAA